AUGGAGGCUUCUGCUGCUUCGAUGCUGUUCUGCCUGCCCCUCUCGUCGCCUGACAUCUCGCCAUCCUCGCAGACUCUGAAGCGCAGUCUGAGACAGCGAGCCCCGAGUUUGUUUGAUGAACUUGCUGCACCGGGCGAUGUUCUCCCAGUGUCUUCGUCGCUUCGGCGCGUCGUGGGAGCUGGGCAGCCUCAUCCAGAGCUGAGGCGAAUGUCAUGGCUGAUGUUCCUCUUCGUGGUGCUGGACACCUCGAAAGGCUUGCUAGUUUCCUGGUCCGCUGCACACAGCUGCGUUGCGCUGGUGCCCAUCGCACUUUGUGCCAAGAACGUUCUCUCCAUCGCCUUCGGCCUGGGCCUGGCCGCUUUGUUGGACGGGAUGCCCGGGGUGAGGCGCUGCCUGGACAUUCGCCGCUCCCUGCGCGUCUUCCCGGUGGCCGCCUGCUUCUGCACGGCUCAGAUGGCCAUGUUGUUUGCUUUUCGGGCCUUCAAUGCCGGGAGCCUGAAGAUCAUGGCGCAGGUGAAUCUUCCAACCAUGGCAGUUCUGUCACGUCUUGUUCUGGGUCGUCGCUACACCACUCAGCAGUGGGCUGCAAUUGCGCUGGUCGCUGCUGCUGUGACUGCUUUCAUGCAAGUACGGCUGCUGUACUACAGGCCGCCCUAUUUCGGGCAGGAGCACCAGGCUCCUUUCCGCUUCCUGGGCGUUGCUGGACUCCUUUGCAGCAUUUUUCUUUCUUGUUCCGCAUCAAUUUUGACCGAAAGGUUUCUCAAGCUUGAUGCCUCCGAGAGGGCACCUUUUUACAUUCAAAAGACGAACAUAAUGCUCGGGGAGGUUGUGACCUCGUUCAUCUUGACCGCUUUCUACCUGCAAACUUUGGCAUCCUCCGAAGGAGGAGCUACUUCGUGUUGCAGCUGGGAGCAGGUGUCGGACAGGCGAAAUCUGCUUGUCGUUCUGGUCUGGGCAAUCCAUGGCUGGAUGGCCGGGAUCAUUGUCAAGCAGUGCUCAGCUGUCGUUAAAAACUUGUCCCACAUUCUAUCGGCAGCUGUGAUGUACUUCUUCCCACUUGCCUUUAUUGCUACACCGGUGAACAACGGACCUGUGUCUGCAUGUGCCCUGCUGGUGCUGAUUGCCAUCAUGGUCUGGGCGCUGGCUCCAACCUUUCGCGAAAAGCGCCCCCAGAUGCACCAUGGCGUCCACUUCGAGCCGCCGCAGCCGAAGAACCAGCUGUCAACACCGUUCCUGCGGAAGGUGGCGUCUUCAAAUUCUUGUGUAACCGAUGUGUCUGAGCCAACAGCGGACCAGCAAGGCUCGGGCUUCCCUCACAUGGGCCCGGUGGUCCUUGGCUUCAUCAUGCUCGAUGCAGCCAAGCCCAUCCUUGUAAGCUGGGCUCACAGCAACAAGGCACCCGACCAGGGUUUCAACGGUGUCACGCUGAUCCUUGUACAGACAUCGAUCUCAACAGCCAUAGGACUCCUGGUUGCUGCGAGACCUUCUAUUUCGCUCCCAAGUUUGAAGGUGCAGCUACACCCUGGUUAUCGAGAGCGCGUGUACCGCUGCCUCGAGCCGAUGGCGGUCGGAAGGCAGCUCCCGGUGAGCUUCUGUCUAGUCAUGAGCAAGCUCUGUCUCAUCAUGGCCCUCGAGAAGUUGGAUGCUGGAUCUGUGCGGGUGCUCUGCCAGUCCAGUCUACCGCUUGUUGGAGUUUGUGGAGCGGUGCUGUUCCGACGGCGCUACUCGGCGAUGCAGUGGUGCUCCCUGGCCGGAGUCACUGUCGCUUUGGGAUGCUUCUACUACGUCAAGCACGAGGUGAAGCUUGCAAGCUGCAUUGUGGGCGAGGCGGACCACGCCUCGAGCUGUGCCUCGACGUCGGGAACGGUCCUUGCUUUGUCCAGCAUCAGCUUCAACUGCCUUGGGGCCCUUCUGGCCGAAAAGUUCCUCAAGAAGAGGGGUGGCCUCCUGUACGAGCAGAAAGUGCAGCUGGUCUCGGGAGAGGUGCUUUUUAACAUCUUUCUCCUGAUCAUCAUGCCUUUUCUCUUUACCGACCCGGCGAAGAGUUCCUUCAACAACGUCUUCGAGCGGGGCUUCUUUGCCGGCUGGGAUGUACGAGUGCUCAUAUGUGCGCUUGUGUGGAUCCCCUCAGGCUGGACAGCAACCAUGCUUGUCAAAGAAGCCUCGAACGUGCUGAAAGUCGUUGCCCAGGGUGCUGCAUCGAUGUUGACCUACGCCUUCAGUCUGACGCCACUUGUGGCAGCAGCCGGCAUGAAGGCCCGCGAACCGAUCUCACUGCCUGUGGCAGUUCUGGCUCUCAGUGUCCUCUUUGCCGCAUUGACGUUCGGCUUGGACAGCGUCCAUGCAGGUCGGGCACCGUCUGAGGAUUUGAAACGUGAGGAUCCACCGAACAAAGCUGUCGGCAGCACCGCUUGCGGAGGCUGA